GUGGUUCACCCGUGGAGCGAGUAGUAGUUCUUGUUCAUAUUUAGAUAAAUAUUGAAAUCGAAUAUCCACCGCUGUUGGCCGCUUCAUUUGUUCAAACUUGACCGAAAUAAUCAGUUCGUUUGGACUAACAGUGUAAUUGCUGAGCUGUGGUGUAAAUCAACUAUGGAUACUACUGCGGGCGCUCAAAGGAUAAAAGCCAUUCUAUUAGUUUUGGCUAUUGUUGUUGUGCACAGUGUGUGUUGCAUUGAAAACUUUGACCAAAAUAUUGCUGCGAGCGAUUCAAUCACGAGUUCAACACAAAAUUCGAGGCAAAAUGAACGAGAAAUCAAUUCAACAAAAGUAUUGUCUCGACGCAAACGCUAUGUGGCAUUUCCAGAGGGUUCAUCGUUCUCGGUCGCGUUUUGUGCUACAAUUGGAAUGAUUGGAAACCCGGAAUUGGACUAUAUGAGCUGGGCUUUGAAUUGGGGCCUCGCGUACGAUUUACCAAACGAAACAUGGAUUAUACAGCAUCGAAACGAAAAAUUACCGAAACCAUUGGUGCAGCGGCGCCAUCGCCGUGAUUUGUACAACCGAUUGGAAAUUGCCAUAGACAACAUGGGUUACAGCGGUCGUCAGUGUAUUUUACGUGCGCUUUGUGAGAGUGCUCAGUACUUUUUUGGCAAAGGAACUAAUAUGGUCGAGGAAUUGAUUCGCAUUGUGUUUACGCUGCCUGAUACCAAAGUGCUGCCAUUCGAACACAAUGACUUACAUGAUUACGAUCGUGCACAUCGAAUGGGCAAAAACAAUGUUUAUUGUUCAUCAGCGUUUCGUGACUGUAGCAUCUCGUUAAUUGAAUUGGCGUUGGGACGAUAUGCAAAACCGUAUAAUUUCAUGUAG